GAAAGAAAGAAAGGAGGGGAAGAAGGGGAGGGAGCAAAGACACCGCACUGCCCCAACCAAGAACAAUUUGAAAACCCACCCCAUCAUACUUAAAAAUCUAGGACAAAGAGCCGUCGGGACGGAACUGCUUCGACUGCAAAGCUUCGAGCGCAGCUUGGGAGCCGCCUGGUGGCCCGAGCCCGAGAGCUCCACAGAGCAGAGCGCCCUGGGGUCCCUGAAACUCGAAACCCGGGCGCUGAACCGGCGGAAACUAAAGCGAAAUCCUUGAACUUCUCUGGACAAUUGCUUCCGGGCGUUUGCAGAGAGCCGAGGGACCUGACGGGAGCCCAGGCCGCGUAUGGCGCGCCCCUGAUGUCCCACGGACGCCAGCGAGGCCAGCGCUCCAGCUGCAGCAUGGACCGCGCGGGGCGCCUGGGCACGGGCCUGCGGGGACUCUGCGUGGCUGCGCUCGUGCUCGUGUGCGCCGGACAAGGGGGCCGCCGAGAGGACGGGGGACCAGCUUGCUACGGGGGAUUCGACCUCUACUUCAUCCUAGACAAGUCAGGAAGCGUGCUGCACCACUGGAAUGAGAUCUACUACUUUGUGGAGCAGCUGGCUCAUAGAUUCAUCAGCCCACAGCUAAGGAUGUCCUUCAUUGUCUUUUCUACUCGAGGGACAACUUUAAUGAAACUAACUGAGGACAGGGAACAGAUCCGGCAAGGCCUCGAGGAGCUCCAGAAGGUUCUGCCAGGAGGAGACACUUACAUGCAUGAAGGAUUCGAGAGGGCCAGUGAGCAGAUUUACUACGAGAACAGUCAAGGAUACAGGACAGCAAGUGUCAUCAUUGCUCUGACGGAUGGGGAGCUGCACGAGGACCUCUUCUUCUAUUCGGAGAGGGAGGCUAACAGAUCCCGAGACCUUGGCGCGAUCGUCUACUGCGUUGGCGUGAAGGAUUUCAAUGAAACUCAGUUGGCUCGGAUUGCAGACAGUAAGGACCACGUCUUUCCUGUGAAUGACGGCUUCCAGGCUCUCCAGGGCAUCAUCCACUCGAUUUUAAAGAAAUCCUGCAUUGAAAUUCUAGCAGCUGAACCUUCCACCAUCUGCGCAGGGGAGUCCUUUCAAGUGGUUGUGAGAGGAAAUGGCUUUCGACACGCCCGCAAUGUGGACAGGGUCCUCUGCAGCUUCAAAAUCAACGAUUCGGUUACACUCAAUGAGAAGCCCUUUGCUGUAGAAGAUACUUACUUGCUGUGCCCAGCACCAAUCUUAAAAGAAGUUGGCAUGAAGGCUGCACUGCAGGUCAGCAUGAAUGACGGCCUGUCCUUCAUCUCCAGCUCCGUCAUCAUCACCACCACACACUGUUCAGACGGCUCCAUCCUGGCGAUUGCUCUGCUGAUCCUCUUCCUGCUGCUGGCCCUGGCGCUGCUCUGGUGGUUCUGGCCCCUCUGCUGCACAGUGAUCAUUAAGGAGGUCCCUCCACCCCCGGUUGAGGAGAGUGAGGAAGAAGACGAUGAUGGUUUGCCAAAGAAGAAAUGGCCCACGGUAGACGCCUCUUACUACGGUGGACGAGGUGUUGGAGGCAUUAAAAGAAUGGAGGUUCGCUGGGGAGAAAAGGGCUCCACAGAAGAAGGGGCGAAGCUAGAAAAGGCAAAGAACGCAAGAGUCAAGAUGCCUGAGCAGGAGUAUGAGUUCCCGGAACCUCGGAACCUCAACAACAACAUGCGCCGGCCUUCGUCCCCCCGGAAGUGGUACUCCCCCAUCAAGGGAAAACUCGAUGCCUUGUGGGUUCUGCUGAGAAAAGGGUAUGAUCGAGUGUCUGUGAUGAGGCCACAGCCGGGAGACACGGGGCGCUGUAUCAACUUCACCAGAGUGAAGAACAGUCAACCAGCCAAGUAUCCCCUCAACAACUCGUACCACUCCAGCUCCCCGCCUCCCGCUCCCAUCUACACACCCCCACCCCCUGCUCCCCACUGCCCUCCCCCAGCCCCCAGUGCCCCCACUCCUCCCAUCCCUUCCCCACCCUCCACUCUACCCCCUCCUCCUCAGGCUCCACCCCCUAACAGGGCACCACCCCCCUCCCGACCUCCUCCAAGACCUUCUGUCUAGAACCCAAAGUCCAAGCUCUGGGCUCCCUGAGCAACUCCAGCAGGAGGCUCCUCUGCUGACAGAAAGAUCUGCCCAGCCUACGUGGUAAGCGGCGCCUGAUGUUUGCGCAAUUUAAAAGCAAGUCGUGAUGGGCAGAACAAAAUGGGAAUUUUUUAACUGCCUGAAGACAGACAAUGAGACAAUGACAGUCCCAUUAUAGCCUGUGACCCCUCACCUCUAGAGGAAGGUUCCAGAGAUGGCCACAUUGCCACGAUGCUCUCAGCCAGAUUAUGUCCCAUGGAGACGAGGAAGAAAGUGAUUUCUGAGAAUGGAAUGCAGCAUUGGAUAAGAAACAUCCUGGCUGAGACUGAGUGCCAUCUCACUGACUUGACUCUUGACCCUUGGACUGGGAACCAGGCUGUCCUUACCCCUGGGUACCAUCACCAGCAACUCUGAAAACGUGUGGUGUCCCUAGUGUGCAUCAAAUAGAUAUCCAGCUGGGAUCUGCAGGUUGCCCUUUGUAAGAACAUAUACUCUCUUCUCUUUCCCAGACUUCCUGGCUUCCCAGUGAGGAGGGGCAGGGAAAGGCGUUGCCGUGCUUAGAAGUUAGAGAAAAUCAGUGCUUAGCACUGAUAGGAAAUUGUUGAUGGGAGCUUCCAGCUCUUACAUCUAUAAAUGGCCGACUUCAGCCAGUCACAGUUCCAAAACCAACAAACCUUGUCAUUGUUAAAGGCAAACUGCUAAGGAGUCACAUUGACACCAAGGUUGGCUGUGGCAUAUAUCAGAGCUGACCAUACAGAACCUUCCCCAUGAGAUCUCAAGGCCCUCCAUCUUCAGCACGCCAGCUAAGAGACAGUAGGCCUGACUUGGUAAGGAAACCAUGCCCAGUUGAUUUUACUCUGAAACGGGCCAUUGUAUGUAUGGUAUAUCUCUCCUUGGCUUUUCGACCUGCUCACAAACAGCACCAGUUAUGAAACAAGGAGAAAUACAUCCCUUGUAUAACAGAAAAGCUCUGCCUGAAUCACCACCCCACUCCUCCACAUUUUUCCGAAGCUACUUGAUCAGUGAGCUCUUUAACUUUAUGUUAACCCUGGAUGGACACUGUCACCCAACCAUGAAAACAAAGGUCAUUGUCAAAGACAGUGUACAGCCCAUCCAAAAUGAUGCUUCCUUCCUCAGUUUUCCACAGGCCCCAGAAUUCCUGUCUCAGGCUCUCUAAACUCUUUCGCAGAACAAAAGAUAUAAUAAAGUGAGCAGAAGUUUUUA